AAAAACCCUAAAUCCCGACCCCAAUUCCUCAGUGAGCUCUUCUUUUCUCUCGAACCCCGACCCCAAUUCCUCCUCCUCCGCCUCCUCCACCGCCGUCUCAACCGCCUCUCGAACCUAGAGCCUCCUCCGCCUCCUCCUCCGUCGUCUCCUCCGCUGCCUCAACCGCCUCUCGAAGCUAGAGCCUCCUCCGCCGCCUCAACCGCGAAGCCAGAGCCUCCUCUGCCGCCUCAACCGGGAAACUCUAGUCUUUCUUCGAUAUUCGCGAUGGCGCACGCGUUUGCAGCUCAGACUUCGAUCAGUGUUCCGAUUGGAGGCGACUCGUCUCCUGGGAGGUCACGAGUGAAGGAAUCAAUGGCGAAGGCCGAUGAUGAGAAGAAUGAGAACAAGUACAGCAUCAUAAUCCCAACUUACAACGAGCGUCUCAACAUCGCGCUCAUCGUCUACCUCAUCUUCAAGCAUCUUCAGGAUGUUGAUUUUGAAGUUAUCAUUGUGGAUGAUGGAAGCCCUGAUGGAACACAAGAUGUUAUAAAGCAGUUGCAGCAAGUAUAUGGGGAAGAUCGAAUUCUAUUAAGAGCAAGGCCUAAAAAGCUUGGUUUGGGAACUGCUUACUAUCAUGGGCUAAAGCAUGCUUCUGGAAACUUUGUUGUUAUCAUGGAUGCCGAUCUAUCACACCAUCCAAAGUACUUACCAAACUUCAUCAGGAAGCAGAAGGAAACUGGUGCAAAUAUAGUUACUGGAACGCGGUAUGUUAGAAAUGGAGGUGUACAUGGAUGGAAUCUCAUGAGGAAAUUGACAAGUAGGGGAGCAAAUGUACUUGCACAAACUCUUUUAUGGCCUGGGGUAUCAGAUCUCACUGGAUCGUUUCGGCUUUAUCAACGAUCGGUUCUUGAGGAUGUCAUGAACUCGUGUGUCAGUAAGGGAUAUGUAUUUCAAAUGGAGAUGAUUGUUAGGGCCACCAGGAAAGGAUAUCACAUUGAGGAGGUUCCAAUUACCUUUGUGGACAGAGUCUAUGGGAGCUCAAAGCUCGGAGGAUCUGAGAUAGUUGAAUACCUGAAAGGCCUCGUAUACUUAUUGUUGACAACAUAAAAAAGUUUACUUUGAGGUAAGGCAGUUGAUCGAGGGGCUGCUCACAUGCUCAUGCUUGUUGCACUCCUUGAGGACAUUAGCCCAAAGUUCAGUCAUCUGCUUGUAUUUAACUUCAUGGAGGAUAUACUGCUGAGGAUAGAUUAUUGGGAAUCACGACUAAUAUGGGAUCAGAAUGAAAUCUGAUUUCCCUUGUUCUGUUCUCGUCUUAUUAAUUACGGGGAGAACACAACAACAUAUUGUCAAUUGUGGAGUUGUUGCCCCAGUUGCAAUAGUUCUUCCUAAGACAGAAUCUUAUUACUGGAGUGUAGGUUUAUUAUAAUAUCAUUUUGUGGCGUAUUGUCUUUGUGAUACCAAA